GCCUUCUUGCGGAAUGAAAGAUAUUGGGCACGUCGAUGAACAACUGUGCAGCCUCCAGCACUACUAACACCCAUCCAGCCAACAUGACACGUGGUUGACACUGGAUCGUUCACCGUAAACUAAGGUAAAGAUUGUGACCAACACCAAGAGCUACACACACACACAGCAACCAUGUCUUUUACAAUACCCGGUAUCAACUUGGAGUUCAACGAGGUGAAGGAGAUAGUAUGGACCAAGAUCCAGGAACCGGUGAUGCAGCGCCGACUGAUCCUCGUGAUCGUCUCCAUUGCCCUGUUGCUGGACAAUAUGCUGUACAUGGUGAUAGUGCCGAUUAUUCCCGACUACCUACGGUACAUAGGGGCUUGGGGCGUAGAAGCACAGUUGGAAGCGCAAAUGGAAGCACGAAAUGGAUCAAACGGCAAGCCCCAUCAUCACGAUCACCAUGGCCAGGACUCAGCAACGGGUGUACUGUUUGCCUCUAAAGCCAUUGUACAGCUCAUGGUGAACCCUUUUUCGGGUGCGAUCAUCGACCGUAUCGGCUACGAUAUUCCCAUGAUGAUCGGUCUGACGAUCAUGUUCCUCUCGACGGCAGUCUUUGCGUGUGGUCGCAGUUACGGUGUUCUGUUCUUUGCACGCUCUCUCCAGGGAGCUGGAUCAGCCUUUGCAGACACCUCUGGCCUGGCCAUGAUAGCCGAUCGUUUUACAGAAGAGAAUGAACGAUCUCGUGCUCUGGGCAUUGCCUUGGCCUUUAUUAGCUUCGGGUGUCUAGUAGCACCCCCCUUCGGUGGAGCUCUAUACCAGUUCGCCGGAAAGGAAGUGCCCUUCCUCAUACUCGCCUUCAUCUCCCUCCUGGAUGGCCUGAUGCUGCUACUAGUGAUGAAGCCAAUCAAGGAGCAAUUGGCCGAAAGGCAGGAACAACGCUCACCCACCAUUCCCAUCUGGCGCCUCAUGAUGGACCCCUACAUUGCAGUAUGUGCCGGAGCUCUGAUGAUGAGCAAUGUGGCACUGGCCUUCCUAGAGCCUACCAUCUCUCUAUGGAUGGAGGACAAUCUAACGAGAGACAACUGGAAGAUUGGUAUGAUCUGGCUCCCGGCGUUCUUCCCUCAUGUUUUCGGUGUUAUAAUUACCGUAAAAAUGGCCCGAAAGUACCCUCAACACCAAUGGCUUAUGGCAGCUGGUGGCCUAGCUUUAGAGGGUUUCUGCUGUUUCCUCAUACCCAUGUCCUCCACCUACAAAAUGCUAAUGAUCCCAAUCUGUGGCAUCUGCUUCGGUAUUGCCCUGAUUGAUACAGCCCUAUUGCCAACACUCGGCUACCUCGUGGACGUACGAUACGUUUCCGUAUAUGGGAGUAUAUAUGCUAUCGCAGACAUAUCCUACUCCCUAGCGUACGCUGUAGGUCCCAUUAUAGCGGGUGGGAUUGUUGAAAUGAUAGGCUUUACGGCCCUAAAUAUCCUGAUAGCAUUUUCAAAUCUACUCUAUGCACCGGUUCUGACAUACCUCAAACACAUCUAUGACUUUAAGCCUUUCCAGAGUGAGGCUAACAUCCUAAUGGGUGACCCACCGAGCAAAGAGUACCAGACGUACACGAUGCACGAUCAGCAACCUGUAGCUGAGAAUUACAAGAACCACUUACAGUACGGUAGAUUCGAGGAGGAACAGGGAGUGCAAGAGACCAAUAUCGAUCAGGAUCAGAAUGGGUAUGCGGAACAAGCGCCAACGUACGCAGAUCCAUCGUAUCAGUAUCAGCAGCAGGGGUACCAGCCGGGGUAUCAAGAACAAGGUGGGGUAUAUCAACAACAACAACAACAGCCCCAGCAGAGACACCUGCCCCAGCAACCUGUGGCCAAUCCAUUCAGGCAAGCCGAACAAGCCCCACAGGAGCCACAGGCAUCCGGGAGACCAGUAAAUCCCUUCCGACAGGGCUUCUAAAUUGGUCACCCACCUCCCGCUCGUUAUCGUUUGUGUUAUAUUCUUCUUGUUGCAGAAAUUAUCGCUACUAUUGAAGCAUGUUUGAAAACGCCCCUGUGGAAAAGUAUAGCAAAUUGUUAAUCACUGGUCACACGUUCGGCAAAAUCUAUAUUGAUUGGCCAGUAUUGUUCAGAGCCUUGUUUACAGCUACUGUCGCCAUAAAUUAUAGGCAAUCCUCAACAUUGAUAAUUUCAUAGCCCCUAUACCGCCCCCCUUGUUAGAUCUGUUUUCAUCAACAAAUCGCACACGAUUAAUAGAUAGAAAGGCGUCUAUAUGGUAUUACCAAAAGAAAAAGAAGCUACAAUUAUCAGAUACAUAUCCAAAAGAUAUAUGCAAUUAUUAUAUACAGAAAAGAAGUAUUUACUAAAUAUAAAUGUACUAAUGUAUAGAGAGAUUUAUUGUACUGUUGUAAAUAAUUUUACAUAGUAACAUGGACAUAUUUCGGUGCAAGAGUUUAAUAUAUUUGGAGAUAUAUUGAGGUUUUACGUGUGCACUUAAAUUGAAUUGGAUUAUGAGGAAUAAAGUCAGUGAUUAUGCGGAAAGUUUCUCUGCACAGAGUUUUUUUUAUAUAUUCAAUUUUUUCCAACAAUCCAAUUCAAGUUUAAUGGAAAUUUAUGAAUGCUGGGAUUAUUUCUUUUCGCCUAGAUUUUUCUUUCGAAAACUCUUCCCGACCCCUAACCCCGGAAAAAAAUUCUUUAGUAUGUAGGUUGUAGGUGUGUAUAAAAGAAAUGUAGGAUAGGACGUCAAUCGGGCCUGAGAGUAGGGCUCUGACGGAGCAUCGAUAUCGCAUACAUAUCAUUGAAAGUUUGCACGUCUCUUGGGUGCUCGCGGAGGAGUAGGUGGUGAAACCUUAUUGGUACUAGGCCAUCGAACCUAUAGCAGGGCCGUAUGAUUGACAUUUUAUUUGACUUACCUUAUGAGUUUAGUGGGACAGGCCGGUGUUCGGAUUGAUUCCGGAUGUAGGUCACCCGGUUUUCUAACAUUAAGACACAACCAAGGUAACGAUACAUAUCAGAGUCAAGUGACUCGCCUGAUUUUUACCAAAGUGAUAUUAUUCGGGGCACUGGGGUUUGUAUCAUAGGACCCCAGUGCCCCUAUAUUUACAUAAAUUAUAUUGAGGUUAAGGUUAGUUAAGGGACAAAAAAAGCAUCAGUGUAAAGUAGACUUAAAGAUUGAUGAGAUGUAGGAUAUUGAGGAGUGGGUUACCGCUAGAAAAUUGAACUAAUCAUUAAUAUCAAAUCAUAUCAAAUUUAUCAAUUAAUCGUAAUAGGAUAGGAUUAGUCAGAGAAUCCCAAAAACAAGUCUUUUUUGGUUUUUCGCUGAGUUGUCCAUUUUUUAAGAGAGAGAUAGAGAGGUAAUCCUCUUGUAAAACUUAGACCCAAUGCAGUGUUACACAAUAUCGAAGGUAUCCCCUAUAGGGGUGGGUAAGCCCAAUUCAUACAUCGAAUACCAAAGAAAGGGUAGAAUACUUGAUUUUAUGAUUCAAGCCAAUAUGACCACAAAAUACAGCUAGACAAUAGGGGAAAGUGCUCUCCCUUCGAACGUUCAUGCCUUCGAAUAAUGUGAAUUUAUUUUGUUUUUCGUAAGAGAUUUAUACUAAAUUAUCAUGGAAUUAUCAACAAUUGAUGAUAAGCCAACUAAUAUUUAAUAGAAAUGUGUAAGUAUCUUAGGAAAACUAAAAGAAAAUUCACAUUAUUCGAAGACAUGAACGUUCGAAGAGAGAGUACUUUCCCCUAUUCCAAAAAGAAAUCCUUAUUGUUUCAUUUAUAAAUUGGUAGUAGAACUCCUUUGAAAGUCUAGGAACCAGACCCCUGUCCGUAACCUAACGAAGCAAUACAAAAAAACAUUUGGAACUUGAGUAUAAAUAUCAUGACUUAAAACAUUUUAAAAAAAAAGUAACUUUGAAUAUAUUCUAGCAUUAGAUAAUUGAUUAACUAUGUAUAAUCCAUAAUACCAAUUUUAACAUGAUGGAGAAGUUUUGGGAGGUAGAAGAGGUAGUCUUUGUAGAUAUGCUAGACGCUAAAACAAUGAAAAUAUGUAAAGAUCAGAAGCGUUCUGGGACUCACACUAAUCGUCACAAUUAUCACGUAGGUUCAAUUAUUGGGGAUUAAAAAAACCAAGAGAAAAAAACUAAAAAGAAAAGAUGCUUAAGGUUAAAAAACAAGAAAUGUUAUGAGGGCAUGAGAGGGUCAUCUGUACAAUAUAAACCGAACAAAUCAUCCCUCAGAGUUGUGUGUAAAGAACAAAAGUCAUAAUGUAUAGGAGUUAUAUAGAAAAUGGGGAUCUUUUACUAUAAUAUCUUAAAGAAUAUUCUACUUAAAGUCUAUACAAUUGUAUAUAAACUGGCAAAUAAGACAAGAGCUAUCUGUUUUAUUUCAUUUUCAGCAAUAUUCACCAGUUAUUGUUUCCCAUUAUACCAGAAAAUAUCAACCGAAAGAAGAAAAGCGGUUCGUUUUUUUUUGAUAAAGGUAGCAGAGAAAUCGAUAACAAAAAAAAAGCUUCUUUUCCUUUUUCCUUUGCUGCUAAAACCUUCCACUUGGAAAAAUAAUUUCCUUGAGCUGUUACAUAGAAGACUAUAUAAAUGGGCUUAAGGUGGAAUGGGACGAUAAAUGAGAAUAGAUAAAAGCAGCUCUCUUUUAGGAUAUAACUAAUUUAAUAUGUAAAAUGUAGGUGUAAAGUAUUAAAAAAAAAAGUGAACAAAAUAUUCCACCGUAAAGUUUCCCCUCAUAAAAUCACAUAACAAAUUCUAUUCCCCUUACAAAAACCACCCCAAAAAAAAAGAAAAUGUAUAAUCUGUGAAGGAAAAUAAUCUCAAAAAGGUGUUUAUUCCAUUUUUGUUUUUCUGCGCAUUUAAAAAAUCCCUGAGUAUAAGAAAUUUUUGUAAAUAUCUUGUGAAUGAGAUAUUCUCCCUUAUAGAAAUCUCUUAUCAUCACCCCCAAAAAACAAUUACUUGAGGAUGAAGAACAAAGAGACUAUGGUGCCGGCAAGUGUAAUAUAGGAUUAAUACUAGAAGAUAAAUAAAAUUAGUUAUUAGCUACCCCAUUCAGUGAAAUAUAAUUCCUUGAGAGAAAGAAAAUGUAACAAAUUAUAUUAAAUGUAGACAAAUAUUAUUGGUAAAAUCCAUCAAAAAGAGGCUUUUAUUGAUUUUCCUGUGUGAAAACAAAAUAAAACAGUUAAAUAACCAAAUAUUGGGGUUGAUUCACAAUUGGGAAUUUAUUUGGAAGUUUAUUGUUUUCCUAUUUUUAUUUAUAAACACUCAUUCUAGCAGAAUUCGUGCAGUUUGUUAUAGUGCAAUGCACAGCGUACUAUUUUUGUAAGGACUGUUAAGAGAACUUUAAAUAUAAAAAUUAACGAAAAUUUAUUCUAGCAAACUGCUAUAAAUAUUGCGGUAAUAAUUUCUGCAUACCGCCCACUGCAACGGAGAAAUUUGACGCAAAGUCAAGCGGUGCAUCUUGUGAGCAAAGCACAAAGCUUAUUGUUUGCAAACAAAUUCUCAGUACAAGAAAGAGAUAUCUAGUUCUACUUCAAGGUUUUAUUUCUAAACAAUCUUAACUGCGAGAAUGUCAAAAAAGAUAGCAAGUAUUUAAUUUUGUUUUUUACUCCUUCUUGCUAACUUACGAACACUAGACAAAGAUGGCAGACAUGGAAACUACUCGAAAAUUGCUCGAAACAGAGUUGGAGUUCAGGAUUGGCAUGCAUGGAAACUUGCUCGACUUGCUUUUCAGAUAAAUCAGAAAACAAUUAUUAAUGCCAACAGUAAAUUCUUAUUGACCGUGGUUUCACAUAUAAUAUUUGUAUUAAUUUUAAUACUUUCUGAACUGCGAGAAUACCAAAAAAACGAUGACAAGUAUUUGAUCUUUCCUCUCACUCGUACUUUCCAACUGCGGAAACUAUCUUACAAAGUAAGCAUAUAUGAAAACUACUCGAAAACUGCUUGAACCACGGUUUCCACACUUGAAAAAUUGUUUUUGAGAUAAUAAAUAAUUUCUGAACUGCGAGAAUCCCAAAAAAAAACGCUAGCAAGUGUGUGAUCUUGCCUCUCACUCGUACUUCCCAGCUUUUAUCAAUUACGUACAAAGUUGACAGACAUGAAAAAUCCUUCGAGUUGUUUUUUUCAUACGGUUCAGAAACAAUCAAUAAGAACAGUAAUUUGGAGUCAAAAAACACGGUAUAGACCUUUUAAAUUUCUCUAACUCCUCUUCUUACUACGUUUCGAAGAUUGGUUGUCUCCUUCCUCAGGUCUAGAAUAUUUAUGAACAAUAAUUAGGAUACCUUUUUCAAUUUUUCUAUAUUAUUAUAGAACCCUAAGUAUUAUCCGUAAACAUUGUAGACCCGAGGAAGUGGCCUAGUGGUCUUGAAAGCAUAUUUAAGAGAUACAGAGCUUAAAAAAAUCAUAAUUGGGUCAUAACAGCCGCCGCCGUCUUAGCGUUGGUGACCACCUUUAGAAUGCUCACGAUGAAUCAGACCGCCUUACAAAAUCACGAGCCUCGCUCUUUAGUUUUUCUUUCAUUAACAAUUUAUUUAAAAUCUCAGAGUGACAGAACAGACUUAGUUCUAGUAGUUCUGAGUUCUAGUUCAGGUAAUUUUGAGUCCGGAAAGUAUGUUUGCAAAAUACAAGUUCUUAUGCGCUGCUCAUUAUAAACCGAUUUUAUUCAAUUUUAUUGAAACGUCAAACACAUAUUUUUGUAAAAAAUAUCAGGAUACAGUGAGUGUAAGGUAAUGCUGGACAAGUUCAAAACUUCAAAGUAUUUUUAUUUUCAUAAUAAUUUGAUAUGAGCAAUCAAGAAAUUUCCGUUUCAAUGCUUAAAAUAAUUUUCUAGAAUCUUUAUGGAAAUUUUAAUAUUCGUUUUUCCGCUUUCUUUCAUGUUGUGACGGAAUCUUUUAUUUUUAUUAAAGAUCAUACUUUCCGUACCAAAUUAAAUAGUACGCUAAAUUACGUUUAUUUCUUUUUCUAAAUAUAUAUUUUUAAUAAUUCAGCAGGAAACACGGUUAAAGGAAUAAUCGUUUUCCUCUCAUUAUGGCAUUCGCACAAUUGAUUUUAAUGAAUGAGGAAUGACAUAACUAGAAUUAUAUGUCGCUCUAUGCUCUCAAGUCUUCCGGUGUUCGUCAGAAGGAUAUUCCUCUUUCAAAUUAAAAGAAUCUGGUUUUUCUCCAAAGCUUUUAACCCUGAAAGAGGAAUAUCCUUCUGACGAACACCGGGAGAAUUGAGAGCUUAAAGUUUCCCAUCAGACUCUAAAAGAAAGAAGUAUAUGUCGCUCAUUUUCCAUGAAAUGUCAAAAAUAUGUUUACUAAACAAUAUUAAAUUGGUAUACAGUAUUAUGACACGAAAAUACACAAAAUAACUUUUGCUUUCUGAAAAUAUUUUUGACAUUUCAAGAAAUUAUGCCCAACGCACAAUAACCUUUAUUUCGUAAACAUGUUUUUGACACUUCAGUGAGAGUGAGUGAGAUAUAAAUCUAGUCAUCUCAUUCACUCUUAUAGGCAGUUACGAAAACAUGUUUACAAAACUAAAGCUAUUGCGCAUUGGAUAUUAUUCCCAACGCAUAAUAACUUUUGUUUAGUAAAUAUGUUUUUGACAGUUCAAUAAGAAUGAAUGAAACAUAGAUCUAGUCAUCUCGUUCAUUCUCAUGGUAAAUUUUGAAAAUAUUACAAACAAGUUAUUGUGCAUUGGGCCUUAGAGAGUAAUGUCCAGCGCUCAAUAACUUUUGUUUUGUAAACAUGUUUUUGACAUUUCAAUGAGAAUGAAUGAAAUCUUGAUCUAGUCAUCUCGCUCACUCACGUAUGAAAUUUUAAAAACUUGUUUACAAACAAAAGUUAUUGUGCAUUGGGCACAAGACCUAGUUGUACAUGUCUCGCUCGCUCCAAACCGCAGCGUCGAAAACAUGUUUACGGUUAUGACAAAAAUGAUUGUGCGUGCACCAUUAUAAGCAACACAGAAUAACUCUGCUAGAAAAGUCUAACAAAUCGCAUGAAUUCUUUUACAGAAACCAUUUUUCUCAUAAAAAUCUUUGGCAUAUUUUAUGAAAAUUAAUAUAUUUUCUGCGAAUCCUAUAAAAGUUUUUUGCUUCCAAGUAAAUUUCCUGCGUGUAAAUCAACCCUUAAGCGACUGUAAAGUAUAUAGCAAAAAAAACUAUGAAUUGUAACCCAAUGAGCAACAUAAAAUAAACAACCAUAAAAUAAUUAUAGGCUAACAAUUGAAGUAAUAUUCUUGUUGAUGUAGUAUUGUGCAGAUAUUUGAGUAUAUUUAAACAUUUACCAUAUUUGAAAAAAAAAUUAAAUUAAAGAAAUAAUUUUUUCCUUCUUAAAAAAUAUGAAUGGAAAACACAAACGUGUUAAUGAAAAAAUUUCUAUUAUUUCGUUUCCCGUUGAUAAGUUACUCUGAAUGUGUAAUCUACAAGAAAAAAAACAUAACAGACAAGUGAAAAAAAUGUGUAUGCUACUUUAAAAAAAAAACAUAUAUAAACUUAUAACAAUUACAAUUAAACUCUUGAUUGUUAUCCGAAAAGAAA